AAUAGUUUUUACGUUUUACUGACGUUUUGUAACUUUAAUCACAGAAAACUUCAACAUGGAUUUCAAGGCUUUGAUCCAAGCUGAAAUAGAAAAGAAAAAGAGAAAAGUUGAAAAAAAUUCUGACAUUUUGAGUUCAAAUAAAAAAUAUUUUAAAAGAGGAGAUCUAGCCAAAAAAGAAGAAGAAGAGUAUUGGAAGAAACAUCAGAGAUUGAAAGUGCCAGAAAAAUUAGCAAAAACAAAAGAAGAGCAGAAGGAAGAAGAAAAGAAGAUUUUAGAGGAAGAUGAACAAAAAUAUGCUCUGCUGCCCAGGAAAGAGGUGGUGAGAAAGUUAAGAGAAAGAGGCGAGCCCAUUUUGUUGUUUGGGGAAACAGACUAUGAAGCUUAUGUAAGAUUGAAAAAACUUGAGACCUUUGAACCAGAUGGAAAGAAGGGAGAAGGCAGUGAUUUUAAGAUGGCCAUGGACAGAGUUGACCAAGAUUACUUGAAUGAGAUUGUCAAUUCAGCCACAUCAGAAGGAGGAGAAGGGAAACUAAAUGUAGUUGUCAGAGAUGAUGGUACAACAUUGGAUGAUAUUGAAAAAAUGCAAGAAGAAUUGGCUCAAGGUGAUUCAGAGAAAGACAUGGAAAUUUGCCUAAAGUUUUUAAAGUAUAUACUGAAAGGAUGGGGAGAUAGAUUAAACAAAAAAACACAAGAGGAAAAGACAUCUCGGAAGGGUCGUGAAGAAUAUGCUAUACAAACACAGACAGUAGCUUACAUGAAACCUCUUUUUAAAAAUCUGAAGCAUAAGAAAGUAGAAGAAGACAUUUUAGACCCAAUGGUUAGCAUUAUAAAGCAGCUUUUGAAGAAGGACUACAUAAAGGCAAAUGAUGCCUAUUUAGAGAUGGCUAUCGGUAAUGCACCUUGGCCAAUUGGUGUAACUAUGGUGGGUAUCCAUGCUCGUACUGGUCGUGAAAAGAUUUCUUCAAGAUAUGUAGCCCAUGUGUUGAAUGACGAAACCCAGAGAAAAUACAUGCAGGGUUUAAAAAGAUUAAUGACACAGUGUCAGAGACUGUUUCCUACGGCACCAUCUAGAAGUGUAAAUUAUGAAAGAGAGAAGGAUGCAUGAUAUUUGAUGUACAUACCGACUCAUUAAAAUAACUUUUAUUCAUGACAGUGUAAAAAUGGUAUUAAGAGUGACUCAAACAUUAAACGACCAGAAUUUUAACACACAUCAUUAAUUCAUAGGAGACUGGAGUAUUGUGUUUAUCAUAUACCUAAUCAUUUAUGCCCAUUAAGUGUAUUUCAAAAACAUAUUGUUCAAUUGUUGAUAUUGAAAUAUUGGCUUAUUGGAGACUAAAUGAUCUUUUGUACUGGCAUAUCAGAAUUUAAAGAAUAGUGUAUCUCUUGUACUGAAUAAACUAGAUAUAGUAUUGAUAUUAUAUCAAGAUCAUUAUAGACCAGAAUGUCAGCUUGAUACAAAUAAACAGAAUCAUGUUAUGUUUUA